GAGGCCCCUGCUGCCCCCGUGGGGUGGCUGGACUGAGGGGCGGCCUGCUUGCCAGACAGGUCUUACAGCACUCACUAGUCGGAUCAGUACCUGCUUUCUCCGCCAUCCCCUAGCCCCUUGCCCCUGGGGGUGCCCACCGUGCUCCACCGGAAGGUGUCGGAUUUCCUUCUGACUCGGCAAGUGGGAGGGGAACACAGGUGAGGUGGCCUAGUGAGGGCUGGGCAGCUGCUGGCCAGGUGUGGACACAGCAUAGGAGAGUAGCCAAGCCUGACCUGUCUCAACCAGAGUGGCCCAAGUUUUACGAUUUCCUAUAGUGGGCUUCCACCUAAGAUUUGAUUUUUUUUAAAGGAGAUUCUGUGGCUUUCAAAAAAAAGUUUGAAAACCUCUGGUCUGUCAGUUUUUACCACCUAGGAAACUGAGGCCCAGAGAGAGGACGUGACUUAAGAUCACACAGAUGAGUGGUUGAACGAGGAUUGGAAUUCAGAAUUUCAGUGGAGACUUCAGUGCCUAUUACAGGACCUGGAUUGGGGUCUCUUUGCUGGAAAGAGUGACCCGGCCAGAUUUCCAGGCAGCCCUGUCCACCUCAGACCCCCAGUGCCUGGGAAACAGCAGCCCAACCCCGGGGAGGUUCAGUUUGGGUGCCUCAGAGGGGCUGUCUGUGUCGAGAGGUUCCUGGGAUGGGAGAAAAGGGCUUUGACCUAGAAUACAGCCAGGAAGAGCACCCACAGGUCCCUGUGGCCACAGCCUGGAGCUGAGUCCCAUGUGAGAGGGCUUCACAGGAGGCUGGAUAUACAGCAAGCCUCCGGGUUUGAGCCGGACUGGGACUUAGAGGGUGAGUCAGAGUCUGGGAUGGGGGUGGGGAGAAGCUCAUUCAUUCAUUGUUCUCAGUGCCUGCUCUUUUGGGAGGGGUUCCUCCCUCCCUCCAGGAUGCUGAGGCAGAGCUGUUCGGGAGCUUCAGGCUCUGUGGAAGCUGUAUCCACGGCUCACUGUGGCUAGGGAUGCUGGGCAGACGAAGGCUGGUCCUUUCUUGGGGGAUUGUCUGGUUGUGCUGAAGCCCACUUUCUUUUCGGAUGCUGCAAGAGCCGGCAGCCCUCAUCCUCCCUGCGCAGCCCUGCCUGUCUCGGCCCCAUGCCCCCGCCAGUCAGCCCCGGGCCCCAGGCAGUGAGCAGGCACACGGGAGCCGAGGCCCUGUGACCAGGCCAAGGAGACGGGGGCUCCGGGGUCCCGGCCACCUGUCCCCCCCAUGGAGCUGAGGCCCUGGUUGCUAUGGGUGGUAGCAGCAGCAGGAGCCUUGGUCCUGCUGGCGGCCGAUGCCCGUGGCCAGAAGGUCUUCACCAACACCUGGGCCGUGCACAUUCCUGGAGGCCCAGCCGUGGCUGACAGCGUGGCACGCAAGCAUGGCUUCCUCAACCUGGGCCAGAUCUUCGGAGACUAUUACCACUUCUGGCAUCGAGCGGUGACAAAGCGGUCCCUGUCACCUCACCGCCCGCGACACAGCCGGCUGCAGCGGGAGCCUCAAGUACAGUGGCUGGAGCAGCAGGUGGCAAAGCGACGGACCAAACGGGACGUGUACCAGGAGCCCACAGACCCCAAGUUCCCCCAGCAGUGGUACCUGUCUGGUGUCACCCAGAGGGACCUGAACGUGAAGGAGGCCUGGGCCCAGGGCUACACAGGGCGGGGCAUCGUGGUCUCCAUUCUGGACGACGGCAUUGAGAAGAACCACCCGGACUUGGCAGGCAAUUAUGAUCCUGGGGCCAGCUUUGAUGUCAAUGACCAGGACCCUGACCCCCAGCCCCGGUACACACAGAUGAAUGACAAUAGGCAUGGCACGCGGUGUGCAGGCGAGGUGGCCGCAGUGGCCAACAACGGUGUCUGUGGUGUGGGCGUGGCCUACAAUGCCCGCAUUGGAGGGGUGCGCAUGCUGGACGGCGAAGUGACAGAUGCGGUGGAGGCACGCUCGCUGGGCCUGAACCCCAACCACAUCCACAUCUACAGUGCCAGCUGGGGCCCCGAGGACGACGGCAAGACCGUGGAUGGGCCAGCCCGCCUUGCUGAGGAGGCCUUCUUCCGGGGGGUCAGCCAGGGCCGCGGGGGGCUGGGCUCCAUCUUUGUCUGGGCCUCAGGGAACGGGGGCCGGGAACAUGACAGCUGCAACUGCGAUGGCUACACCAACAGCAUCUACACACUGUCCAUCAGCAGUGCCACGCAGUUCGGCAAUGUGCCCUGGUACAGUGAGGCCUGCUCGUCCACGCUGGCCACGACCUACAGCAGUGGCAACCAGAAUGAGAAGCAGAUCGUGACCACUGAUCUGCGGCAGAAGUGUACAGAGUCUCACACAGGCACCUCUGCCUCUGCCCCCUUGGCAGCGGGCAUCAUUGCUCUCACCCUGGAGGCCAAUAAGAACCUCACCUGGCGGGACAUGCAGCAUCUGGUGGUACGGACCUCGAAGCCCGCCCAUCUCAGUGCUAACGACUGGGCCACCAAUGGUGUGGGCCGCAAAGUGAGCCAUUCAUACGGCUACGGGUUAUUGGACGCAGGUGCCAUGGUUGCUCUGGCCCAGCACUGGACGGCGGUGGCCCCCCAGCGGAAGUGCGUCAUCGACAUCCUCGCUGAGCCCAGGGACAUCGGGAAGCGGCUGGAGGUGCGGAAGACCGUGACCGCCUGCCUCGGGGAGCCCAGCCACAUCACGCGGCUGGAGCACGCUCAGGCACGGCUCACCCUGUCCUACAACCGCCGCGGUGACCUGGCCAUCCACCUGGUCAGCCCCAUGGGCACCCGCUCCACCCUGCUGGCCGCCAGGCCACACGACUACUCUGCAGAUGGGUUUAAUGACUGGGCCUUCAUGACGACCCAUUCCUGGGAUGAGGACCCCUCUGGCGAGUGGGUCCUGGAGAUUGAAAACACCAGCGAAGCCAACAACUAUGGGACGCUGACCAAGUUCACCCUUGUGCUGUAUGGCACGGCCCCCGAGGGGCUGCCCACACCUCCUGAGAGCAUCGGCUGCAAGACCCUCACGUCCAGCCAAGCCUGUGUGGUGUGCGAAGAAGGCUUCUCCCUGCACCAGAAGAGCUGUGUCCAGCACUGCCCCCCAGGCUUCGCUCCCCAGGUCCUCGACACGCACUAUAGCACCGAGAACGACGUGGAGACCAUCCGGGCCAGUGUCUGUGCCCCCUGCCACGCCUCGUGUGCCACGUGCCAAGGGCCGGCCCCCACAGACUGCCUCAGCUGCCCCAGCCACGCCUCCCUGGACCCUGUGGAGCAGACGUGCUCCCGGCAGAGCCAGAGCAGCCGGGAAUCACCGGAGCAGCAGCAGCAGCCGCCCCGGCCGCCCCCCGCGGAAGUGGAGGCAGAGCCGCGGCCGCGGGCGGGGCUGCUGCCCUCGCACCUGCCCGAGGUGGUGGCCGGCCUCAGCUGCGCCUUCAUCGUGCUGGUCUUCGCCACUGUCUUCCUGGUCCUGCAGCUGCGCUCGGGCUUCAGCUUCCGCGGGGUGAAGGUGUACACCAUGGACCGUGGCCUCGUCUCCUACAAGGGGCUGCCUCCCGAAGCCUGGCAGGAGGAGUGCCCGUCCGACUCAGACGAGGACGAGGGCCGGGGCGAGAGGACCGCCUUUAUCAAAGACCAGAGCGCCCUUUGAUGAGCGCCCACGGCCUGCCCCUUCGAGCCCAUCCCCUCCUUGGGCGCUUUUUAAUUCACCAAAGUAUUUUUUUAUCUUGGGACUGGGUUUGGACCCCAGCUGGGAGGCGUGAGGGGCAGAGAUGGCGUCUCCCCUACCUUCGGGCCCCCUGGCUGCCUGAGGUGGGACCCCAGGACCAGCUGGGGGGCAGGGGAGGGCCUCCGCCCAGCCCGAGCACCCCCUUCGUGCGGAGAAAGGAGGGAAACCGUUAGGGCAGCUCUGCGAGGUCCAGGCCCCAGCCGGAGUUCCCUGCGGAGUGAAGAGGGGCAGCCCUUCCCUUACGGGAUUCCUGACCCGGGCUGCAGCUCUUGGCCCUUCCCCGUCCCUGUAAAGCAAUAAUGGUCCCCAUCCAGGCAGCAGGGAGGCUGGCCUAGGGGGUAUUGAAGGAGGAGGCCACCUCUCUAAGGGCUUUUGCAUCCCCGACACUGUCCCCCACCUCUGGUGGUCCUCGGGCAGAAGCAGUGACCGAAGGAAGGGACCAAGGCAAGGCAGGCGCCUCCAGGGUUCACGUGUGUGUGCACACGUGUGCACACGCGUGCUUGUCCCUUUGCCGCCCCCUCCACCACCGCAGGCUGCCUGCGGAGCGAGGCGGGCCCAGCUCCACGCGGGUGUGCUGACCACCCUCCCCUCUCUGGCACCCUCCCCUCCCGCCAGGGCCCAAGUCCCUGUUUUCUGAGCCCGGGGCUGCCUGGGCUGUUGGCACUCACAGUCCCGGAGCCCCUGGGUGGGUGGUGGGGAGGGACGGCGGCCCAGCCGGCCUCUCCCGCCUCCCACCCGAUGCUGCUUUCCCCUGUGGGGAUCUCAGGGGCUGUUUGAGGAUAUAUUUUCACUUUGUGAUUAUUUCACUUUAGAUGCUGAUUUUUUGUUUUUGUUCUUGUUUUUUGUUUUUUUGUAUUUUUAACGGGGGUAGCAGCUGGACCAUCCACCUUCCCACACCCACUGUCCACCCUGCUGUUCCCCUGGCUGCCCUGGCCCUGAGGUGUGGGGGGCUGCAGCGUGUUGCUGAGGAGUAGCUGAGCCCCAGAUCCUGAAGAGGCAGGCCAGGCAGGCUCUAGGAAAGGAGGAUUAUGGUGGAAGGGGCAGGCUGUCAUCCACUUCAGAUGGGGCUCGUCGCGCCAAGGGCUCACGGGUCACUGGUUCUCCAAGUGCCAAGGGUGGGCAGGCAGUGGCUCUGAGCCCCCUCCAACACUGUGCCCUGGUGGAGAAAGCACUGACCUGUCCUGCCCCCCACGUCCCCCUCUUCUGACGUGCCUUUUGCACCCCUCCCAUGAGGACAAUCAGUCCCCUCCCAUUUGGGAGCCCCCUUUUCUUUCCCUCCCCUAGCCCCUCUUGGCACCCAGCCACCUGCCCAGGGGUGCCCCCUCUUCUCCCAUCCUUCCCCCCCCCCCCAACUUUGUGGCCAGCCCAGCUGGUUUUGUAAGAUACUGGGUUGGUGCACAGUGAUUUUUUUUUUUCUUCUUGUAAUUUAAACAGGCCCAGCAUCGUUGGUUCUAUUUAAUGGACACGAGAUAAUGUUAGAGGUUUUAAAGUGAUUAAACUUGCAGACUAUGCAAACGA